CGUUGGGAACCGUACAGCCGGAGACGGGCCGGGGCGGUGGCUUUGGAGCCCGGGCUCUGCAAUCGUGCGUGCUCAGUGAUCUCAGGCUCCCUCCCCAGAGGCACUGGCCACCCUCUGGACCCGGACUGCAGCCUCGUCCCGAGCCCCUCCUGCUCUUUUGCCUGCCCCCCCCCGCCCCCCAGGCUGACCCGAAGUUCAAUCCUGGGAAACAGGAGAACACAGACUCUCCCCCCACUCCGCCCGGGCUUUAGGCUAGAAAGGGGAAAAAGCCCUAGUUUUUGCCUCGUCACUAGAAACCCGGUCAUCUGAGUCAGCCCAGCCGAGUGACGUUAGGCCGACCCGGGCUCCUGGCUAGCAGAGCGGAGGCGCUGCCACGAAACUCGUACCUGCGGCUAAGAGCAGGUCAAAUUUGUCAACAUGUCCACGAUCCCGAAGCACUUCGGACUGAAAACCAGCGAAGAGUCCUACAUGUUUAAAGAGCUUGAGAAGGUUCGCCAGCAGACGAAAAGGGAUUUCCUUCGAUUCAAGCAGAAGUUGGCUUGCAGGCCGAAUUUAGAUGAAGACUCAGACUACUCUCCCCACACCUCAGGCCCGGUCUGCCCUAGGGAGAAGAGACACGUGUUGUUCACUGCACCUCAAGGGCUCGCAGGGUCCCCUCCAGCUGAGGGCCCCGAGACAUCCUCCGCCACACGCCUGCAGGGGGCGCUCCAAGGCGCCGCGCAGCCCCCGGCCACCGCCGGGAGGACCCAGUCGUUCUGCCCCCGGGACUUUUACUUGCGAAGCUCCGCGUUCCUAAGGCACCAGCCCCAGAAGAAGCCACCUGCCAUCGCCUCCUAGGCUGGCACGUCUAGACCCCUGGUGCUGCUGCCGCCGUCCACGGCGUUGAAGCAGAGAGCGCGCCGGGGCCUGGGGAACCCUCGGCCCGCAGCUACCGGGCGGGUUACGGACGGGGCCCGCGGGGGGAGGGCGAGCCAGGGGGGAGCUCUGGUUCCCGAGGGCCACAAGGCCAAAGACAGGAAGGCCAGCUCAAUCUCCAGCGAGGGCAGCGAUGCAGAGGCGGGCCGGUGGCGGAGAGUGAGGAUUCGCACGGGCUUCACGCCCCAGAGCUCAGGCGGCGCGGCGCAGCCAUGGACUGGGGCCCUUUCCAGAGCCGCGCGCCACAGCAGCGCGCCCAGCGACACGCGGGAAGUCUCCCGGCUGGCGGCGCUGCGCACGCGCGCGGUCCCCAGGUCCAUCCAGGAGAUCAUCGCCUCGCUGCAGCCUGAGGCCCAGCUGGCCUCCGACCAGACCAUCAGAGAGCUCACAGAAAGCGUAGUGGGCCAGAACUACGACAUAAGAAUGGAAGAUAUAUCUUUAAUGGGAAAAAUAUAUGUCAAAAUACCUCAGAUGCAAGCAGAAACACCAAAGAUGAAAGCAGAGCAAGUGUCACAGUUGAAUGUUGGGGAAUCUAAAAUGAGUAUGUCUGAGGAGCUUCUUGAAGAUGUGUCAAAUAUUUUCCAGAUUGAACCAGAGGGUAUAUCAGAUUGGGCAGCCUUAGACGCAGAAGUUAUAGUUUUUAAAUUUCAGGACACUUUGGAAAUGCAUCCAACAGAGGAAUCAAUGAAACCCAUGGAAGACGGACAGCCCAAAAGCAACUCAAAAGUACCCAACAGGGUAUCUAUAAAGGUGCAAUCAUCAGAAUUCUUGCAAAUCAGAGGAAAAGAAGUUAAGCGAAUACGAAGAAGUAAAUCAAGAACUCCACCGAGACGAAAAAAGCUUUUAAAACCCCAAGUAGAUAAAAAACUACUUAAAAAAAUUCCACAGGCCCACUGUACUUCUCAGCUUCACCAUCUGUGCACCACCACCCCAGCCCGGCAGUUGCCAAUUGACUUGCAACUGGCCUCUCGCGUGUACCAUACUGCUGACAAGAAAGGUCAUAGCACCCCACUUGGAGUCUUUGGACCAUCUUUCUUAUGUGAUCGCUUUGCAGAUGCACAUAGAGAUAGAAUACUGUAUGGAAUUCCUAUCAUGGAUGAAAACCAAGAAUCUGUCAGUGUUCCUCCAGUACCAUCAAGGCUGCCCCCUGAAAGAGCACGGAGAACUAGCUGGCGUUUUCACAACCCACACCUGGAGCUCCUGGGACAGGAAAUGUCUGCUUAUCCAGGAUUUACAAAAAUGUUUUGGAAUUCAACAGCACCCAAAUUUGCUGUUCCAGAGUCUGUCAUGAAGGAAACUAUAUAUCCACAAUAUGAGAGUGUUCAAGGAAGCAAAAUUUUAACCAAGAAAUUUUUAGCUGACAGCAAGGAAAGUGUCGUUUUGUAUGACAAUAGCAAUUUUCAGUCUUUCUUACUAAGAAAAUGUCUGUCAUUUGAAAAUAUCCAACAUUUAAGUGCACCAUCCAUACAACUGAAGAGAGCAAAAUCCGCAGUCGAAUUGAGGAAGGAGGAGGACAUCGAACCAAUAGAAAUUAAGGAUGACAUGCAAAGCAACAUGAAAGCAAUGAUGUUCCAGAAAGCAAAGGAGUUGGAGCACCAGCUUGCUAAGGAAAAUAAAACCAAGGAGCCUCUCACCUCUGUGAAAGAAAAUAUAGAUACCAUCUUAGACACCAUUCAGGAAGAACACAGUUCAAAAGAUCUGUCUCACUCUCUUAUUGAAGUAUCAAAACAAGCAGGCAUUAGUUACAUUGUUUAUCCCAAGAAAAAGAAGAUGAAAUGGAAGAAAGGACUGAAAUUUGAAAAACUUACAAUUGUGUGUAAAGAGUUAUCUAAACCUCCAAACUUGCUUACAAGGUCACAAUCUCAUGAAAUACUUCCUGGAUAGAAGAAAUAUUUCCUCAAAGUUCCAUUAUAUGAAUGUCUAACACGGAGUCCCAGCUUACCUAUGGGUCUAGAGUUUGAUAAAUUUGUCAAAAGGAAAGGAGGAAUGCUAGAACAUAGUGACCCUCACAUAUGGGUUUGUGAUACACUCUUUAAAGAUAAACUUCAGAAAACAACUACAAAGGUUGUUAAAAUAACUGAAAAAAGAGACCCCCUUGAAAGCACAGAAGAACCACCAAAAGUACAAUUAAACGAUUAUUUGGAAUGUCAUCUCCCACCAGAGGCCAUAAAACAUUAUGAAUCUGAAGUGGAAAUCUUGACUGAAGAAAUUAAUGAGAAGAAAACAUUGCCUGUAUUUGCAUAUUGUAGACGUGGAGCAAUUUUUAGGAAAAUGGGCAAGUUACAGAGUGCCAUGAAUGAUCUAUAGGAAGCUAUUCGCUUGGAGCCAUUGUUUCUCAAUGCCUUUUGGCACCGGCAUUUCAUUUAUCUUUUUCAAGACAAAAUUAAUGAGGCUUUGAAUGACUUGAAUUAUAUAAGUAAAUAUAAUAAAAACAAUGCAGAUGUGUAUUUGUCUAAGGCUGAAAUUUACAGGAAAAACAACAACAUUAUUUUGACAAUUCUAAACUAUACCCAGGCAAUUAAGUGCAGGCCCACAGAUGCUGAUAUCUAUUUCAGGAGAGGUGAAGUUUAUGAAAAAGAGAACAGAGUACUGGCCAUUGAUGACUUUUCUAAAUGUAUUUUUUAUGACCCCAAAAGAACAGAUGUAUUAUUGAAACGUGGGAAGUUUUACUAUGAAAAUGAAAACUGGACUUCAGCCAUACAAGAUUUUACAGCUUUGUUAAACAUAGAACAGCAAAAUUCUGAAGCAUGGACAUACCGAGGGAAAGCACAUUUUAAAAGGCAACUUUUUAAACAAGCAACUCAAGACUUUUCUAUUGCUAUUCACUUAGAUCCUAAUAACUGGAUAGCAUUGUAUUAUCGAGCAUGCAUACUUAGAAAGAGUAAUCCUCUUAGAGCGCUACAGGAUUAUAGUGUUUCAGCUCUCAUAAAUGAUGGCUAUGAGAAUCUUAGCUGUUUUCUACAUCAGGGCAUAGUAUAUGCACAUCUAAAACUUUGGCUGCUGGCAAUUUGUGACUUUGAAACUGUUAUUUCCCUAGAAAGAACUUCUACUUUGGCUUAUGUAAAUAUUGGCCUCAUACAUAUAUUACACUUGGAUAACUACACUGAAGCCAUUUGGCACUUUUCUGAGGCUAUUAGAAUUGAUCCUUCAUAUAUUCAGAGCUAUAUGUAUAGAGCAGAAACCUAUUAUAAGUUGCAUAAGUGGAAAAAUGCAGUGAACGAGUUGUCUCGUGCUAUCCAUCUUCAGCCAGAUGGAAUUCAACUAUACAUAAUAAGAGGACAAUAUCUUCUUACGAUGAAAUGUUAUGAUCUUGCAAAGUUCACUAUUUAUCAAGUAGCAGAAAUGAACAAAGAUAAAUAUAGUCUCAUUGGGUUGAGUCCAAUACAACAAGCACACAUUUAUUCAUUUUGUGAAAACCAUGACAAGGCCAUUCAAGUUUUGGAUGGGAUGUCGUGGAAUAGGUCGGAGAUGACCAUGUUUACAUUAUUAGCAAAAGCCCAAAUGAAGGCUAAGAAAAUCAAGGAAGCUGUGAGAAUGUUUAAGAAGGCCUUAGAAGUCUUUUCGCAUUCUGACAAAGGACCCAAUGCUGUAGCUAUUUCAGUAGACUGUCUGCAUAACUUAGGUCUUUGUUACAUGGAGGAAGGCAACUUGCAAAUGGCUUUUGAUUGUUUUACAAAAGCUGUGAAGGCAAAUCCUGAUUUUGCAGAAGGCUUCUAUCAACGAGGGCUUUGUAAAGUGAAACUCCAGGGGGAUAACUCAAUUCUGGAUUUUAAUCGUGCAAUUGCUCUCAAUCCAAGACAUUACCAGGCAUAUUUAAGAAGAGUAGCCUUCUAUGGUUUAAAAGGCAGAUACUCGAAAGCAAUUUUGAAUUGUAAUGAGGCCAUCAAAAUUUACCCUCAGAGUGUGUGUGCCUAUCUCUGCAGAGGAGUUCUGAAAUACUACAGCAUGAAUUACAAGUUAGCUAUUAGAGAUUUAACUAUAGCUGUCAAUAUGGACAAAAGCAGUUAUGCAGCAUUUUAUAACAGAGCAUUAUGUUACACCAAGAUAAGGGAACUUCAAAUGGCAUUGAUAGAUUUUGGAAUUGUGCUACUCCUUGAUGCUGGAGAAACUAUAACAUUAAAUACUUUCAUUAAUCGUGGCCUCAUCUACACCAAACUAGAGCAGUAUGGCUUUGCAUUAGAGGAUUUUAAGCAAGCUGCAUCGAUAAGCCAGACUGACGUCAGUCUUUGUCAAGCUAGCGCCAUGUGCCACCACAGAAUUCAAGAAUUCAAAGAAGCUACUGAUUUCUUUACCCAGGCUCUUAAGAUUAACCCACUUUUUUUGGAUGCUUAUACUGGACAGCGGAAUUCUUACAUGGGAUAUGGACAUGAAGCCACCAAGCAAGCACAAAAGGACUUUCUGAAAGCGUUGCAUCUUAAUCCAUUAUGCACAAAAGCCAGAAUUAGUCUGUGCUAUAAUUUGCAGGCCCAAGGAAAAUUGCAGAAAGCUUGGAAACACUUUACCAUCACCAUGGAAAUUGAUCCAAAUAGCUAUCUAGCAUAUGAAGGAAGAGCUGUGGUCUGUCUUCAGAUGGGUAUUAAUUUUGCUGCAAUGCAGGAUAUUAAUGCAGCCAUAAAGAUCAAUACUACAGCGGAGUUCUUAACAAAUCGUGGUGUGAUUCAUGAGUUCAUGGGUCAACAACAGAGUGUAAUGAAAGACUAUCAAGCAGCGAUUGCUCUAGACCCCAAGUACUCGCUGGCUUACUUUAAUGCCGGAAAUAUCUACUUUCACCACAGGCAGUUUUCUCAGGCCAGCGACUACUACUCAAAGUCUUUAAAAUUUGAUCCAGAAAAUGAAUAUGUUCUCAUGAAUCGAGCUAUUACAAAUACAAUAUUAAAUAAAUAUGAAGAAGCAAAAGAAGAUUUUGCAUAUGUAAUUGAACGCUGUCCCUUUUGGGCUGCAGUAUAUUUUAACAGAGCACAUUUAUACUGCUGCUUAAAGCAAUAUGACCUUGCUGAGGAAGACCUUAGUAGAGCACUAUCUUUGAAGCCUAAUGAUGUGCUGGUGUGUAACCUCAGAGCAGAAGUUCGUGGUAAAAUGGGUCUGAUUGAAGAAGCUAUGGCUGACUACAAUCAAGCACUUGAUCUUGAAGAAUAUGCCUCAGUUACCUGAGUUCCUAGACUGUACUGUGAUUUCUACUGUAGCUUACAUUUAAAUGGCUAUUCUUCCUGAAACUGAAAUAUAUUUGUUCAGAAGUUUCCACUACCUUAUGUGUUUUCUUCAUUA